CGGAAAUGACGUAUUCAGUCUUCCGCUGCUGUCAAGGACAUCGAAAACUUGCGUUAGCCACAUCUUGCAGUGGCUGUUUGCACGUGCAUUUAAAGGUGAUCGAUAAAGUAGCAAUUUUCAGUCACGACUCCGGUGGAAAUGGACGGGUUCGGUUCAGACUUCUCAGCAGGUGGAUCAGGUGGUAAAGUGGACACCGGUGCGAUCAUGGAGCAGGUCAAGGUCCAGAUCGCGGUGGCUAAUGCACAGGAGCUACUGCAGAGAAUGACAGACAAAUGCUUCAAGAAGUGCAUAGGUAAACCGGGAAGCACGCUGGACAACUCUGAGCAGAAAUGUAUUGCCAUGUGUAUGGACCGAUAUAUGGAUGCCUGGAACACCGUGUCCCGAACAUACAACUCCAGAUUACAGAGGGAAAGGGCUCGCAUGUGAACAUCCUCCUGUUCAGUCUUCCCUUCCUCAGGCUGAUGCUUGCAGUGAGGAGGAGGAGGAGGAGGAGGAGAACAGUGUGCCAGAGGAAGGGGCCAGGAGCUGUGUGAAGGUGUGCCAUGGCAGCAGCAUACCAUCUACUUCUGUCAAAAUACCUCACAGACAAGCAGGGCAGAACCUGUGGACUCUAGCCAUAACAAUGUCUCUGUGGACAUUUUCACUUUCCUCUGAGGAACAGUUCUGUGACAGAGUUUGUGUAUUUGUGGUUUUAUGAUCUAAAUAAUUAAUCUUAACCUGGUAAACAUGUAUAGUAAAAACCUGCAGUUCGGACCUGCGUGUCCAAAGACUCGAAGGCCUUGAGAAUUGGAAACUCCAAAUUGCCCACUGGUGUGAACUUAAGUUUGAAUGUGUUUGUGUGUAUGUGCUUGUAUGUGCCAGCCCCUGGCAGCCUGCCCAGGUUGUACCUCAUGUCUUUUGCAGUGCAUGCUGGGACACGUUUCAGCACCCUGAAUAGGAUAAACAGUUUAGAAAAUAAAUGUACUGAUGCAGUGUGGCCAUUAGUCAAAUGCAGCACUAUGGCUUUUGUUUAGGGGAAUAAGUAUAACAUUGUGUUUUCAACAGUGUGGUUUGAGUAGAAACACUGAUACCUUCCUGCCAUUAAGCUAAGCCUGUACAAUUAGGACACAUGAUACUGAUAACCGUAAACAGUCUCUCAGUCACUGCAGGUGCUCCUUAUAACUGCUGUGUGCCCAUGCUUGUUGCCCAUUCUAUUCAUUGUGCAUAAACUCUCAGAGAGAGACUAAAUGUUUGUCCUUUAAAAAAAUAAGUAGCACAACUGGAGCCCUUAAUGGGCAACCCAUGCUUUAACUUUGAGGAGCAACUGGGUGUUUUCACAGCUGUGAACCUGACAUUCACAAGCCUCCAAACAGUCCUAUAUCAAAGUACGCCUGGAGAACAAAACAGUUUUGUCUGACCUGUUUUCUAGUUGUCACUCUAUCUGCAGCCCUCCACAGUAGUGGGCUUGUUUCAGCAGGGUCUGCCUUGCUCUACACGGGGUACUGAACCUUUCUCAGCUUUGUGUGCACGGUUUGUCAAAUGUCUGGGAGCAACAAUCCCUUUUUCCCCCUCCUUUAUGAGGGGGAUAGUUUAUGGCGGGAAGCAAAAGCCAGAAAAAGCCGGUGAACAUUCUUUUCAAUGUGAUUGUGAGCAAAGUGAAUGAUUUUCAUUAAUAAAAUCAACAGAUCUCCUCAA